GUGCCCCAUCAUUGGUGUCAGUGGGAAGAAUUGUGCCCCAUCAUUGGUGUCAGUGGGAGGAAUAGUGCCCCAUCAUUGGUGUCAGUGGGAGGAAUAGUGCCACAUCAUUGGUGUCAGUGGGAAGAAUUGUGCCCCAUCAUUGGUGUCAGUGGGAGGAAUAGUGCCCCAUCAUUGGUGUCAGUGGGAGGAAUAGUGUCCCAUCAUUGGUGUCAGUGGGAGGAAUAGUGCCCCAUCAUUAGUGUCAAUGGGAGGAAUAGUGCCCCAUCAUUGGUGUCAGUGGGAGGAAUAGUGCCCCAUCAUUGGUGUCAGUGGGAAGAAUCGUGCCCCAUCAUUGGUGUCAGUGGGAGGAAUAAUGCCCCAUCAUUGGUGUCAGUGGGAGGAAUAGUGCCCCAUCAUUGGUGUCAGUGGGAGGAAUAG